AAGGAAUAUAAACUUUUUUAUUGAAAAGACACAUCAACUAUCUUGUUUACGAACUUUUUCAGUUUGCAGAGCACAUCAAGUUAUAUAUAUUCUGAAAAUGUUUUUGAAAAAAUUGGGAGUAUGGAUAGCUAACAAAAAGCUCGUAAUUUUCUCAGCACUGACAACUACAAAAUUUUUGCAGCAAUAUCAUAAACUCUGCACAGUUUGUCUGGUUGUAUCCAGACAAUGGACUCUUUCUCUUAUCAGUUAUUUUUCCGGUUCUGAACCAUCAAAAAAAUUGUCAAACGCAACGACUUUUUAAACCUGUUAUUUAUUGCUUUAUCGUCGUUUUUUGAAGGACAGCUGCUCUCUUGUUUAUGGUUCUCAUGGGGCAGUGUUAUCGACUUUUCAUGUGUGAGGGACCAUGAAAUGGCUGCUUGGAGUUUUGCAAAAUUUUGUAGGUAAGAGAGUAAAUUUCAGGGCGCGGUCAUCCAUGCAGAUGAAAAAAGUCUUCCGAGGGGUGCAGCGAGUACUCGAAAACAGGCCCUCGCCGAGGGCUCGACUUAUAUCGAGGGUUCCAAGUGCCAUUUUCCGAGGGCUCGAGCCCUCGGCAAAGGCUCAUCGAAAACAUAUUUUCGAGCACUCGAAGUACCCCUCGAACAACUGGUUGGGCACGACUGAAACACUCUGUUUCAUGGGUGGUCACAAGUGGAAAGACGUUCUAGAAGCGCCCACACAUGACUUCACGCUCUUCAGGUGGGUCCGCGUACCGUAAUACGAAUUUCAAGCGUGUGCGCGCAGUUUUAUCGGCUAAAAUUUUCCCAUGGUUCAUCUGUCUUAUCGACUUCAAAACGAAAUAACUGUUAUCGUAUAUUUUACCAUAAAUAAUGUUUUACACAUUUGUUUCGAAGUUCUUUUUACCCAAAACGGGAUAGAAAGAGUCAGCCGAACGAUAAAAUGUGAAAUUUUGUCCGGCAUGCGGUCAUACUGAUAACAUAAAAUGAGAAACGAUCACGGAAAUAACGUGCUUUUGAUCCGUAUUUGACCAAAUUUUCAAUACAAACAUGCAAAAGAUCUCGGUUACGAAAAAAGUAAAUCUUUUUAUGCCAAAAGUAUGGAAAAGAUCACAGAAAAAAACUUGGUGUUCAUGAAAACAUUGUAAUAACCAACCAACCUUUAUAAAUGGCACAUGAGCAGUAAAUCGUACAACAUUUCUAAGUGAUACCACAAUAAACAAGUCCGGCUUUUAACAUAAAUUAAUAUCCUAUAUUUGUAAUCGAAAUUUAUGUAGUACAAAAAAGAAAUGAUCAAAAAUUAUAAGGUGCUAAUUCAAAAUUGUAGUAAAACAUUUUUCUGACUUUAUUAUACAUAUUCUGAUUCGCCGCAUCAAGCUGAUCUCAAAUAUCACCUUCACAGCUUUUAGAAGCUCUUUCUUCAUGGAGAAAAAUGCGUAAAACUGUGAAUACCUAAAAAGCCUCAAAAACUGGCCUCCAUCAUAAAAGGAAUUUUUUUUAAAGUUGUAGUGCAAGCUAGAAAAUUCUAACUAAAGUUUUCUGAAUCAGCGUCAAAAACUGAUUUACAAAAAAGCUGUCUAGGCCAUCCCAGCGGUAAACACUCGUCCGACAUAGACGUCCGGACCAGUAUGUGUCAAAACGGACUGAUCCACUUUGUAACUGUAUCUAGUUUUUCGUCUUAAGGACUAUCGCAUUGAGUCAUACGCGAAAAGAAUCGCCCUGAAACAAGCUUUAAAAGUAUAAUGGCCUAGGCCACAUCUGUGUAAAAUGACUAUUCUUAUUUCUCGUUCUUGAAUCAAUCAAGUUUAAACUAAACUAAUAUUAGUUUGAAAAGUUUUCCUGAACUUUUGGAAGUACUCCUCGCUAAAAAUAGAAAAUUUUCUGGGUUAUCGAUCGUGCUGGAUACGGAAAAACACUUUUCAGUAACUCAAAACCAACUUUAUUUUUGUUGUUCCGGUGAUAUAUUGUCAUUCUUUUGCUGCGUCUUAAUUAAAUUGCUGGGGAAUUAUAGGAGAUAGGAUCCGAAACAAAUAAAAUAAAUUAGCAAGUGUGGUACGAAAAUAGACAGUUAUGACGAGACCGUUAAUGAAGAUUAACGUUUAACGACAAGAUGAAAAUGUUAGCUUACUUUGGAGUGCCAUUUCAACUGGCUUUUGAAUAACUUUCUUCCAAAUAUCGCUGAGUGCUUGACUUAAACCACAGAAAAAAUCGCGCAUUUUUGGUUCUCAUAUUCAGGGGCGCACCGAUAAGGGGAGGAUGCAUGUUAACAAUGAAACUAAACAUUUAAGGUUCUAACUGCGAUUUUAUGUUCGUACGAACAUUUAGAUACAAUACCUUUUCUCCUAGUAUAUUUUAUAUUUAGGCUCUUAGGUUCUUGGGUUCUGGCAUGUUGAAAACAACUCCAAAAAUUUUAGGUUCGUAAUAACGUUUUAGGUUCACACUAUGCUUUUCGCUUCGUACGAACAUUCAGAUACAAGAACCUUUUCUGCUAGUAUAUUUUAUAUCUGGGUUCUUAGGUUCUUGGGUUCUUGCAUCUUCAAAAGGAAUCUAUAAAUUUUAGGUUCGUACGAACAUUUAGAUACAAGACCUAUUCGUCUAGUAUAUUCUACAUCCAGAUUCUUGGGUUCUUGCAUGUUGAAAACGAAUCUAAAAAUUUUAGGUUCGUAAUAACGUUUUAGGUUACUAGGUUUGCGGGGUGUAGGCUAUAAGACUCACUGCCGGCACCUUACACCAACACCCCCAGCCGCGGUUGGCAUCUCUCUUUACGAACCUAAACGUUCAUGUUCUUUUAAUGCGUGCAGGAACCCAGCAGCCUAAAAACCUAAUUAUAAAAUAUACUAGGAGAAAAGGUUGUUGUAUCUAAAUGUUCGUACGAACGUAAAAACGUAGUACGAGCCUAAAACGUUAGUACGAAUCUAAAAUUUUUAUAUUCGUUUUCGACAUGCAAGAACCCAAUAUCGUAAGAACCUAGGUAAAAUAUAUUUUAUCUCGAAAAGUUUGGGUUCGUUAUUGGCGGUGAAAGGGAUGAGAGUUUUGCAGUCGAUAAAUAAAAAUAGAAUCUGUGGAUGUUCUUUUGAACAAGAUGAAAUAUAGACGUACGGUUUUCAGUUUCUGAACGUAGAAACCUGUGGACGUCGGGUUUAAGGGAAAACUCGUUGUUACAGACGCUGUCCUACGGGAAAAUUAAAAAAUUUCAUAGCACAAGUUCAAUAUGAAUUAUUUCACCUAAUAUAGGUUUUAGUAGAUUUUUAGGAGUUAUCACGAUCAGAUGAUCUUGUCAAAAAUGAUUCAGAUAAUUGAAAGAAUUUACUAUCAAUGAGAGAAUUGCAUUGCCAUUGUGUCAUUUAUAAAAAAAAUUAUGGUAUAGAAAGUUGCAAGGUAAGGCAUUUCUUGUGACUCAAGAGUAGUAACAAAUUGUAAUAGUUGUGAAAACGGUAAUCUAAUGUUGAUACAUCUUAUAAUAUUUUGUUGGGUCACGCAACAAAUCUCAAAAGUCAUUGAUGAUAAAAGAAACUGAUGAUUUUUGAUAAAAAUAGCCUUCAAAAUACAUCCGAUAGAUCUCGCGAAGAAAAAUCCAAUAAAUCUGUUUCAAACCUUUCUCUAACUUGUAUCAUACCUUACAUUUACAUACUACUACAGCUAAGCAUGCGCCGAUAUCGAAAUAUAUUAGUGAUGCCGAUAUUGAUAUUGAUCAAUACCGAUACCGACAAUACUAAUAUCGGUCGACACUGCUUACUCUGUACUUCCUAUUUUCCAAACAAAUGGAUAAUUUGCUACAAAUCCUUGAUUCAUUUUGAGGUUCCAAAGCUGACAAUACCAAAUAAAAAAAGAGGCACAUCCAUUAGUGGAAAAUUGCUGGAAAAACAACCAAUGAACCGAUUUUUAACUUCUAUGUGAACUCUUAGUAGAUAAAGAAGGUCUUUAGAAUGUCCAAUAUGUAAAAAAUCGGAUCACGUUGACUCGAUUUCGGCGUCUGAUGCGAAUCUGAGUGAUGUACAAAACUAAAUUUGUAUCUUGAGAGGUGAAGAAUUAAAAAGGUAUGACAGGAAUUAUUUUUAUUCUCGAUAUUGUUCACCUUUGAGAAAAUACUUACAUGUUGCGAAAAGUGAGAAAAAAACAAAAAUUGAAAGGAUUGUGAUAAAACAUACCGUGAAAGUCAGUUAAAUGAGAAAUGAUUGUUCUAGGUGAACCAACAACAUUGUAAAGAAUGAUGAUUAUACGAUUAAAAAAUGGAUGGAUAUGAUGUUGAUUGUUGGCGCAAUAUUCUUUCCAAUGGAAAUAAUAAGGCCUGAAAGCCUCAAAGUAUCAUCAAACUACCAUAAAAACUAUUCUUCUUAUAGCGCAGUCUUUCGUUAUAGGUUUACAAUACUGGCAAAAAACUGAGGAACCAGCCUGUUUUGACUGAAAUAGUUAAGGUUGAAAGUCUAAUACACUGAAGCUCUCAGAAACUAAAUAUCACAGUUGCAAAGGUUCACUUGGUUUCCUCAGUUGUUUCCGAAAACAAGCAUUGCAUCGCGAUGUAGGUAACGUAUAUUUUUAUUUGUUUCUGUAGGUUUAUGAGGCAAAGGUUGCUCUAGAUACAUGCGACGGCUUGUUGAUUGACAUGAUCGGCACAGAAAAUCCAGAAGAAUUAUUUAUUGAUUCAACUGAUAAUUUAUAUGUAGCAGAUACAAGUAAUAAUCGAGUUCUAAAAUGUUCGAAAGGUUCACAAAAUGGUGUGUUAGUUGCUGGUAGUAAUCAUGAUUUGAACUACCCUAUCGAAAUAUUUGUGAUUACUGAAAACAACCAGACAGAUUUAUACAUGGCAGAUUCACGCAAUCAUCGUGCUAUACCGGUGUCUGACAAUGAAAGUGGGAUUAAAAUUAUUGCUGGAAGAAAAGGUGAACAAGGACAAACAGAUGAUAGUCUUUCAUUUCCAACUGGCAUUUUUAUUGAUAAAGAUAAAACUUUUGCAACAACUGCAUCUGUGCUAGCAGGAGAAACAGAUAUAGCAGAUUCAAAAAGUCAUCAAUUAAAUAGUCCGGAGGAAAUUUAUGUUGAUGAAAAUGAUAAUCUCUAUGUUGUCGAUUCUAUGAAUCAUCGAGUUCAAAAAUUCGAGAAAGUAGCCGGUGAUGGCACGCGCGGGAUACGUCUUUUUCAACUAAGUGGAACUCAAGCGGUUACUGUUAUUAAUGGAAAUAUUUAUAUAGCUGAUAGUGAUAAUAAUCGUAUUAUUCGAUUUUCAAACUCAACUGUCGGUCACAUUAGUGACUAUCGGAACUUGUACUCAACCUAA